GAGAGGAGGACCUGCAAGUAGAGUGGCCUUGUCCCCCUUUCGGCUCUCUCUCAAGGAAAAAAAAAAAAACAACUCUUCGCCAUAACGUCGUGGGAGAUUUAACCACGACCCGGUCGCCUUCUCUCGGUUUUCGUACGAGUGGUAUUUCGCGAUCCUGACUUUCCAGGCUUGAUGUGUUGCGCCUUGUAUGUAUGUGUGUGUGUGUGCGCGAAGAGAGAGAGGGGGGAGAGAUCUGAAAUCCCAUUGAUCUGUAGUCACAUUUCACACUGACACCGACCGACCAGAGGCAGAUACGCUCGGCGUAGCGAGUCGGAUCGGGGUUCCCAUGCUGGGGGUAGGGUUUUAAAUCUGAGAGGACGGGGAAAAAAAGGGCAAGACGCACAUUGCUACCCGAGGACCCUGGAAAGACGGCGCUGCCGGUCCCGAACUCCUUCAGAUCCGUUCAUCUGCCUGUGUGCGCGAUAGGCUACUUUUUUUUUUGAAAGACCUCCCAAGCGUUUUUUUUUCCUUUUCUUUUUUUCCUCUCCCACCCCCCACUACCACCACCACCACCACCUCCUUAUGUUUUUGGCAGAGGGCUCCUAGAAAGAACGCGACGCGCAGAUGAAUCACAUUCAGGACGUGAGAUCGGUCAAAAGAAAGAAAGAAAACAAAAAGUCCGUCACCCGAUAAAUAAAGAGGGGAGAGAGAGCGAGAGUUUUAAAAAAAAAAAACAUCGACUGGCGGCGUCUUUCGAUUGAAGACGAAGAAAAGUGGAAACUAAGAAACUUUUUGGUUUUAGUUCGGACGCCGAUUCUGUUUUUUUUUCCUUCUACCACCACCAGAAAAGGGAAAGAUUUGUGACUGCAGACGGAUCUCUUGUGCGCUCUCGAAAUCCGAUGCAAUGGACGAGUUUUUCGCGGAAGUGAAGUAGACGCGAGCUUGCUUUUCACCCCUCUCCGUGUGCGUGUGUGUGUAUACAUAUACACACACACACAUCUCGUUUAUCCUGGAAGGGAGGAUUUGGGGUUUUCGCCUUUGGAGCUACAGUUUUUUUAAAAGGGAGACCUGGCCUGUAUUAAAAAAAAAACCCAACAACAACAACAAGGAUAAUCCAGAACUGGGAAGACGAGGCGCCUGGGGGAUUCUCUCCAGCUAAAACUGCGGUUGUAGCUUCAGCCUCUCUCGGCUGGGCUUGGGCUGCCGAUCGGUGGUUUAAACGUUGUAACAAAAGGAAACAGCUGAACAAGCAAAAGAGCGGUUUAUUAUUUUACCCCCUUUUUUUUAAAACCCACCCCUCCUCACUUGGGGGAGAAUUCACAGCCUCUACUGUUUUGGUGACCCACGCGAUUGAGGAGUAAUUUCCAGGCGCCGCCGGGGUUGUGUUUUCUUCCCGGCCCCCCCCUCCUCCUCCCCAACUAGCUCCGAACUCUCUUUGAAGUGUUUCAGAAAACAACAAACACAAGGGGAAAAAAAAAACCCAACGAAAAAUCCCGAAAGGAAAUGCCAAUCGCCACUGCCUCGCAGCCCGCACAGGAACCUUGUCUCUACUCCCGCUUGCACCCGAUUUCCGACGCCGUCCCCAAGCAGGGCCAUGUCUGUGAGGACAGGGGGGCGCGAUCGCAGGACCAGGCCCAGCUCGGGGGGAGUGGGGGAGCGGAGGGGGGCAGGGGAUCUGGGAGCCACAGCGGCAGCGGCGGCGGCGGCAGGCUGCUAGCGGCCGGGCCCACCUCUCCCUCUCAGUCCCCUCCUACUCCCUCCUCCUUCGCCCCCUCCUAUCACCACCACCACCCCCCUCACAUGGAGCCCCCAAGGACCCGAUCGCGGUCCCGGUCCGGGCUCUACCAGUACAGCAUGAACAAUCACCAAGGUGGCAGCAACGCCAGUUACGCUAAUAACAGUAGCAGCAGCAGCAGCAGUAGCAGUGGUAGCGGCGGCGGCGGCGGCGGAGUCAACCACUUUCAGCAGCACAACUCCGGGUGCGUGGCGCUCGGAGCCCACAGCCCCUCCGAGAACCACCGUACCCCAGGGGGUAACCCGAUCACCACCACCCCGAGAGCCGCGGGGCCCGGAGCCGGCAGAGCGCCGGCCGCAGGUGGAAUUGUUGCUCAACCUGCCCACCAAGAGCAUGCCUGCACUGAAGAAGGCGACAAGGUAAGACAGCAAAACUAA